AACCAUUCAAAACUCUAUAGAGGUCGUGUCAGAACAGCAAAACAAAAUGGCAUUCCACCGAACAAUGGCACGGUGCCUAUGGGCGGGAAAGAACGGGGCCGCCAGCGCCGGGGCCAUUCCCAAGCCUCCAGCCCCCAUCCCCCCUGCACGGCGGCCGCUGCCGGCCGUGGACGACUGCCCCACGCUCGCAUUUCUGCGGCCCCGCCCGGCCACCGUCGGGUACUCCACCGCGUCCGUCCCGCUCCCGGCGCACUGCUUCCCCGCCCUUCCCGUCGGGGACCAGCUGUUUUACCGCCUCCAGCUCGACGGGCUUAUGCCGCCUGUGAGCACAAUAACGCGGCCGCCUGAGGAGAUGGGCGUGACGGUGGAGCAGCCGAGGAAGGUGGCAAAGGCGGCGGAGAUGGAGGUGGCGAGGACGAGGUUGAGGUCCAACGCCCAGAGCGUCGUAUCCGGGUCGGAGUUCGCAGCGCUCUGCGUCGACAUUGCUGGCGGCGUCGAGGGCGGCGGCAGGCUGGCCCGGGCGCUGGACGAGUCCGGCGUCGUCAUCGUCCUCGGCGACGCCGUCUUCCUCCGCCCCGACAUGGUAGCGAGAGCGAUCGGGAGCAUUCUCCGGGCGAGACAGGUGGCGCCGCGCGCAGGAGACGAACACGAGGCGCGCAAGCGAGAGCUGGAGGCGAUGGAGGCGCGGAAGGCGGUCAUCGACGCGGAGGCGGGCGCGCAGGUGCGGCGCGAGCUGUGGUGCGGGCUGGGCAUCCUGGCGGCGCAGACGCUGGGCUUCAUGCGGCUCACCUUCUGGGAGCUGUCGUGGGACGUGAUGGAGCCCGUGUGCUUCUACGUCACGUCGCUCUACUUCAUGUCCGGCUACGCCUUCUUCAUGCGCACGGCCACGGAGCCGUCCUUCGAGGGCUUCUUCCGGAGCCGCUUCGCGUCGAGGCAGCGCCGGCUCAUGCGGGCGCGCCGGUUCGACGUCGACCGGUACAAAGCUCUGAGGGAGGGGGAGGGAUCCUGUUGUGCCGUGCAAAGCGACCGCGACGUGUCUCGGCACGUGCAAUACAAGUAACUCUGAGUCUCUGACCCCAAGAGGUUACAAGUCCGGAGCCUGGAAGAGUUCGCUUGGCUUGGAUCAGGGCACGGGAAACGCGCCAUGGUCAAGUCCCCAUCUACUCGUGGAUCAAACUUUCUGUAUCGAUUCACGAGGGGAAGUGUUGUAGGCUUGCACAUAACGAACGUUCGUUUUGGUAGGACAUAUUUUCACUUGCCACUUAUAUGGACUGAACAUCUGUGUUUUUUUAAACGCAU